CGCCAUGACCGAUGACAGAACACACGGUUUACCGCGUCCUAAAGGCCGCUCGGCGUCGAUCUGCGCUACGAGCUUAGAGGCGAUUCCCCCUUCAGGUGCUUCCCCGGAAAGUACCAGAAGAAGAAGGCCCGCCGCGAGAUCUCAGAGUGCCAGAUUGACCAAUAAUAGAAGAUCAGUCAAAAAUCGGUCAAUUGCUUCUAAUAGUGUCAAAAGUCAAAGUACUAGUGAACCGAAAUUGGCCGAACAGGAUAUCACUCCUGAAGUAUCUCCGCAUAUCAGAAGAAAAGGAUCACAGAGAAGAGGUACUUCUGUAUAUCAAAGAAAAUCCACAGCUUUCUUGGAUGUGCCAGACUCUCGUGCGAGACACAACAGCAAUCCCGAAGAAGAGGAUGAGGAUUCUUAUAGAUUGCGAUCUUUCAGUUUUACUUCUAAAGGAGUUUUUACGACUAAAACAGGUAUAGUCAACAGAGGUGAUUCAUUUAGAAGACGACGCUCAAGAAGUAAUAGCCUAUGCCCUCCCGCAAUGGGAGGCACUCCAUCUCCUGUGCUGGAUGCACCAGAUUCUAAUAUUCCCGAAAUAUCAACUUACAUUGUAUCUCUAUUGGGUGCUCAAGGUGUUGGAAAAACAGCGUUAAUAAGUCAAUUCAUGACUUCAGAAUGUAUAAAUGCUUAUGAUAGGCAAAAAGAUUUGCUGGGAGUUCAAAUGGUAUCGAUUAUGCUGAAUGGAGAAGAAUCCGAAUUAAUAUUCCAAAAUACAGGCACGUUAAAGGACGUCGUCGACAAAAUCCAGCACCCUCCUGAUGCUUUUAUCGUCCUUUAUUCAGUGGUUGACAAGGCUAGUUUUCUGAAAGCGGAAACGGAAUUAAGUAGGCUACAGGACAGUGACCAGCUCCGUUCUCGGCCGGCUAUUCUUGUCGCCAACAAAAUCGACUUAGCUAGAAGCAGAGCUGUAUCAACUCAAGAUGGAAAGUGUUUAGCUUGUACUUAUCGGGCUAAAUUCAUAGAAAUUUCUGUAGGAAUCAACCACAACGUGGAUGAGCUUUUAGUGGGAGUAUUAACACAAAUCAGACUGAAAGUCCAUAAUUUCGAUGAAAGUGGACAUACGCAACAAUGGUAUAAAAGUAGAGGCAUGGUAAAAGCAAGUAUGAAGGCUCGACAGAUGUUCACGUGGUUGUUUGGAAGAGAGGAUUCCAAAUUUAAAAACUGCGAAAAUCUUCAUAUUCUGUAGCGUAAAUGAAUUGAGAGUUGAAAUACGAAGAAAUUCUUUUUUGAAAAGUUUAUUCUCGUCAUAUGCUCCAGUUGAAGUAUAAAAACAGUUUCCUACCUAUCUUUAGUAAUAUUAAGUUAAAAUUUAUAUGCCAGUUUCAUCAAAUUUAAUCGAUACUCUGUGAGAAUAAUAUAUUAAUAUUAGCUUCUGUUAUAAGUUAAACUUUGAUUCUAAUUAAGUGAUCGAGUAUAUUUCCUCCACUACCAAAACGUUUGAAUCAAGUUAGUAUUUAAGUUAGUAUUUCUGGAACCGUUGGUGAUAUACACAGUAUUUACUGCUACCACUACACCAUUACUCAGAAUUACAGAUUCUCGAUAACGAAGUUAUCGUCUUCAGAGAGCAAAGGUGCUGUAUUUGUGUCUAUUCUAUUUGAACAUAAAUAAUCCACUAACAUGGCUUGUUUCCAGCGACCUAGAUAAUUUUGUACUAAAAACAUAUUUGUCGUUGACUUGUUCAAUGUUUUCAUGAGAGAAAUCGAGGUUCAAAUGAAGGAAAAAAACUUUAAAAGGCAUGGUAAUACCCUUAAAUUCAACAUUGUACCCUAUCACUCGGCUUGUUACAUUAUUUUUUCUAACAAUAUUAUUCUUUAUAUUCACUGGUAAGUUUUUCAAAUAUCUUGUUAACUUUGCUUUUUUAUUAUUGUACUCAAAAAAAUUCCAGUUAUCUUUAUUAAUUUCCUUUUGUUUUAAGCAAAUUUUGUAUAAUAGUUUCUGUGUAAAUUUGUAGCUUCUAUUUAUUCGGGGGAAAACAACGAAUAAAAUAGAAUGGAUUUGGUUAUGUUUUAAGACAUAUAAAUUCAAUAUUUUUAUAUGUUAGACGAUAAGCUCCUUUUUAUUCAAUUCUGUUCUACUUACUCAUUUUUUUAUAGCGUAAUCUAUCCAAAUAUGAAAUGUUAAACACAUAAAUAUACAAUAUAUGGAGAAAAA